AUGGAAAGCCGAGGCGGCGGCGCUCAGCACGUAGCGAGCGCUGGCGGCGGGGCCCCUCGGCCGGGCCAGGAUGCGGGGCGCAGGCGGGCGCCGGCGUCCGGGAGCAUCCUCGGCGGCCGCACCGCGCGGCGUGGGGACCGCGGGACCGCAGCCGCCCGGCCGCCGCCUCCUCCUCCCGCUCCCGCGGGGUCGGCCCCGCAGCCCCCAGAGACGCCGCUUACCUGCGUGCGGGCGGUGGGGGCGGCCGCUGGGGCCGGGGCCACGCCGCCGCCCGAGGGCGCGGACGCCCCCUGCCCGCGCCGCGGAGCCCCCGCCCGGCCCACGCCGCCGGAGCCGAGCCGGAGCCGCGCCGGUGCCCCCGCCAGCGCCGACGCCGCGCUGCGCUCCGCGGGGCCGCGGGGACCACAACUCCCACAAUGCCGCGCGCGCCGCGGGCGGGGGAGGGGGCGCGGCGGGCGGCUGCGGGGCGGGGCGGGGCGGGGCCGGGCCGGGACCCCCGACGCCGGCGGCGCGCGCCCCGCGCGGCUGACCCGAGGCCGGAGCGGCGGUGGCCCGGGCAGCAGGACGCGCUGCCGCCCAGUUCGAGCGUGCGCGGGCGGCGGCGUGCGUUCACCGAGUCCGGGCGCAGCAAUUCAGCCGCUGGUCGUCCCCCCUCGAACCCACCUCUAUCAUAUCCCAGAAUCCACCUUGUCCCUGUCCCAGAACCCACCUCUCCCCCUGUCCCAGAACCCACCUCUCACCCAUAUCCCAGAAUCCACCUUGCCUCUGUUCCAGAACCCACCUGGUCCCUGA